AUGACAGAUCUGCUCAAUAGUCUCAGAACCUUCAAAAUCAUGGAUGAUGACAACAGCCGGUCCCUGGACCUGAAGGAGUUCUUGAAGGGUCUGAGUGAUUACGGGGUCCCGAUUGAGAAGAAGGAAGCCGUGGAUCUUUUUCAACUCUUUGAUAAGGACGGGAGCGGGACCAUCGACUUUGACGAGUUUCUCCUCACGUUGAGGCCAGAGAUGUCCAAGGCCAGGAAGGAGGUGGUGAUGGAGGCCUUCCGGAAGCUGGAUAAGACAGGUGACGGAGUGAUCACCGUCGAAGACCUGCAAGGGGUUUAUAACGUCAAGCAUCACCCCAAGUAUCAGAACGGGGAGUGGACAGAGGAGCAAAUCUUCAGGAAGUUUCUGGACAGCUUUGACUCUCCGUAUGACAAAGAUGGGAAGGUGACCAAAGAAGAGUUUGUUAACUACUACAGCGGCGUCAGCGCCUCCAUCGACAGCGACGUCUACUUUAUUCUCAUGAUGAAAAACGCCUGGAGGCUCUGACACAAUGGACAAGA